GGGGGGGGGGGGGGAGGGGCAGUAGAUAGGAUAGUUCAGUGAAGUAUUGUAACUUUGUCGGUGCCAAAACGUGGCGAGGCUUGUGUACUGCCUGGUGAGGUCUGCUGUAUGAUUUUACCGGGUUGCAUGCAAAGCAAAGCAUUUCACUGUAUUGUGACAAUAACGUAUUAUUGAAUCAUUGAAUCAUUUCUGCUGCUGUCUCUGUUUGGUGUCGUUCGCCUGACUGAGGUCAGUUGACAGGGCUCCUCACCACGGGGAGGUCGACAACAUGAGGCAUAGAUCAACAAACAGCUCAGCACAUAAUUUUCUACUGCGCUGUCCUCCCGCCACCCUGGAGGAGGGGUAGACCUCACAGCCCUCGUCAACAGCACAUUGAACUGGCUACAGCGCCUGGUGAGCGUUACAUAACUGCUGCUGCCUCAAAUGCAAGACAAAGAUUGAAUCAUUGAGGACAUUCAGAGAGCUGCAAUGUAUGAAACCUGAAAUAAAAACAGGAAAUGCCCCAGUAGGUCCGAUAGCACAUGUGGACUCAUUGGUGAAUCAGAGGUGAGAUAUAUCAGUAUCUGACCUCCAAUGAAUUCUGAAAUUUCUUUCUUUAUUCCAGAAAUCAGAAACUAUUAAAACAGAGAACAAACAGUACAGCUCAGGAAUGGGCUCUUCAGACCACAUUGCCUGUGCCCUUCGAAUGGCUGGAACAGAUAGAACACGUUUGUAGGGAUAUGGACCAAACGCAAGGGGAUGGAUCUAAUGUAGAUGGGAUAUGGAACGUGUUGGUUGGUGUGAGCAAGUUGGGCCAAAGGGUCUGUUUUCCCUCUGUGUGAUUCUACGACUUUAUGACACUAUGAGAAGGUAUAUCUCUUGGUCAGGUUCAUGGAUGGGAAAGGAUUGGAGGGAUGUGAACCAAACACAGGCAAAUGGGAUCAGAUCUAGUAGGCAAAUAGAUCAGCAUGGACAUGUCGGGCUGAAGGGCCUGUCGCUGCGCUGUAUAACUCUAUGAAGGCAUCCAAACGUGAGAAUUUGGUCCUUUGGACUACGUGUUAAUGUUUAAUUAAUUAAACUGUGUAGCACUGCUCACAGUGAAGUGUAAUGUCUUUGUCUGAGCCACGGAAGACCAUUUACAGUGACGGGUCGAACUCAUCUUCACUUCUUAAGUGAAAGGAUUUCUGUUUGAUUGUUAGAGUGCGAGUAUAAUGAAUGAAUCAUGUCUUUCCUGAGCCUGUUUGUUACGGACACAGUCACACUAAUCCUUUUCGCACUUCUGGCUGUGUCCUGUCUGAUGUAUUUGUACUCUGGGUGUAAACGCUCAGUCGUUUACAAGCUGCCACCGGGUCCGUCUCCUCUGCCGCUGAUCGGGAACCUACACACACUCGACCUGAAGAUGCUGCACAGGAGUCUCACCGAGUUAUCUGAGCAGUAUGGACCUGUCUUUACCAUUCAGCUGGGGCUGGAAAAAGUGGUGGUCCUGACGGGAUACAAAGCAGUGAAGGAGGCUCUGGUGGAUCAGGCGGAUGAGUUUGCAGAGAGAGCAAAGGUCCCAGUGUUGGAAAUGCAGGCAAACGGUUACGGAAUUUCUUUUGGACAUGGAGAGUCAUGGAAACAAAUGCGAAGAUUUACUUUAAUGACAUUACGCAAUUUUGGCAUGGGCAAGAAAACGAUCGAAGAUAAGAUUACUGAGGAGGCCAAAUAUCUGGUGCAAGAAAUCGAAUCUCACCAAGACCAACCCUUUGAUACCUCCGUGCCUGUUACCUCUGCCAUGGCCAACAUUAUCUGCUCGAUAGUUUUUGGAGAACGAUUUGACUACAGGGAUGAAGUAUUUCUCACCAUAACAAAACUGAUUCGUGAAAAUUUUAAUCUGCUUGGAUCUUCCAGAGUCCAGAUGUACAAUGCGUUUCCUUUCCUUGGCUUUCUACCGGGCACGCACAAGAAAAUCUUUCAAAAUCGAACACAAAUGGUUCAGCUCAUCCUGAAUUUCUACGAAGAGCAUCAGAAAACUCUGAAUGAGAAUGAUGUCGGGAGCUUGAUUGAUGCUUUCUUGGUAAAACGCGAAGAGGAAUCAAAUAAUUUGGAUUCCUAUUUCCAUGACAAUAAUUUGGUGACUUCAGUAACCAACCUAUUUGCUGCAGGAACUGACACCUCCUCUUCCACACUGCGCUGGGCUAUCCUUCUGAUGAUGAAGUACCCAGAAAUUCAGAGAAAUGUGCAAGAGGAAAUUAAUAAAGUUAUUGGAACAGAGGUAGCGCCCCGAAUGGUAGAUCGGAAGGGAAUGCCGUACACUGAUGCCGUGAUACAUGAGGUCCAGAGAUUUGCCAACAUCCUCCCAAUGAACAUUCCACAUGCAACAACCAAGGAUACUCACUUCAGGGAGUUUUUCAUUCCAAAGGAAGGAGCGUCUUGGGGCAGCACAGUGCCUUACAGCGCCAAAGAUACAGAUUGGAUCCUGAUUAAGGGUGCUGUCUGUACAGAGUUUUUAAAUUCUCCCCAUGACAGCGUGGAUUUUCUCUGGGUUCUCCAGCUUCCUCCCACAUUCCAAAGAUGUACAGGUUUAUAGACUAAAUGGCUUCAAUAAAACAUUUAUAUUGCCCCAAGUGCGUAGGACGGUAUUGGUGUACAGGGUGAUUGCUGGUUGGCGUGGACUCGGUGAGUUGAAGAGUCUAUUUCCGCGCUAUAUCACUAAAGUCUAUAGUAAAGAUAUUCAACUACUGAUCCAGGACACUGAAGUGAGAUCUUGAGCUUGUAGAAUCUUAAGUUUUUAAUCAAGAAAGGCAAGUGGAUGAGAAGUAAAUGACUACAGCCAGGGACGAGAGCGCAGGAACAUAGUUGAGGUAAAUUUGGAAUAUUUCUUUACUUUUUGGAAAUUGGACGAGAUGAUUAAUGCAGCCUGAAGAAGGGUCCCAACUCAUUUAGCUCUGACCACCUAACACCCAAAGGUCUGGGAAUCAAGUCUGGUAUCUUUCUACCUGGUUACUCCAGCACUUUGCAUCUUUUUUGGACAUUAUCUGGUCAUUAUUACAUUGCUGCAAGCAUCUCCAGUUCCUUGUGUGUGUGUGUGUCUCUCUCUCCCUCACUUGAUUAGUACAAAUUUGGACUUGUUAAGGUCUGCUAUUAGGACUGGUAUUGCUCAUUUCUAAGACCCAGCUCAGCGCAGUAAAGACUUGUAUUUGUAUAGCACUUUUCUUUCAGUACUUCCCAAAUGCUUUAAAACCAAGGAAGUAUUUUUUUUUAAGCAGAGUCACUAUGGUAUUGCAGAACACAGGACAGUCAAUCUACAACAGCAACUCUGAUUGCAGCAAUGUAAUAAUGACCAGAUAAUGUCCAAAAUGACACAGUGGUGCAGCUUGUAGAGACGUUAUCUCACAGCACCAGAGGCCCUGGUUCGAUUCUGACCUUGGGUACUAUCUGUGUGGAGUUUGCACGUUCUCCUGGUGACCUCAUGGGUUACCUCUGGGUGCUCCGAAUUCCUCCCACAUCCCAAAGAUGUGUGGGUUUGUAGCCUACUUGGCCCUAGUGUGUAGGGAGUAGUUGAGAAAAUGGGAUAAACUAGUGUGAACGGGUGAUCGAUGGUCGGCGUGGGCUGAAGGGCCUGUUUCCAUGCUGAUUCUCUCUAAACUUAAAAAAAUAAUCCUUUGAUAAAGAUCUUUUGAAUAUGUCCUCGCCAGGAAAUGCCUUAAACUUAUUGACCCCGCAAAGCAACGCUAUAGUAUAAAAACCUUGGGGUUUAUCUUAGGGAAUGAACUAAGAUGGCCAAACAGCAUACAUCCAUUGGUAGCCUAAAUAUCAGCCAUGAUCGAAUGGCAAAGCAAUCUCGAUGGGCAGAAGGGCCUAAUUCUGCUCCUAUCUCUUGUGAACACAAAAUUCUAAAUAUAUUUUCUACCGGGUGGGUUCUGUGCAGGUGGACAAUCUCAUCUGUACUCACAGUGAUGGCCCCUACAAGGCAUUGUUUCUCCAGUUGUCCAUGGAAUGCUUCUUAAUCAUGCAAUCGCAUAAGUGUGCCAGGGGUUAUGGGGCGAAGGCAGGAGAAUGGGGUUGAGAGGGAAAGAUAGAUCAGCCAUGAUUGAAUGUUGGAGUAGACUUAAUGGGCCAAAUGGCCUAAUCUAGAACAUGAAUUUAUGAACUAUUAAUAGGAACAUGCUUUAAAGUUGUGGCUGUGGCAUUCACUUUCUCUUUUGUU